AUGCAAGAACCAACAGAACGUUAUAUCCGCAGCCGCAUAGCAAAUGCCUGCGACGGCUGCAAAUCCCGCAAAGUAAAAUGCGACGGCAAAUUACCCUGCAGUUACUGCGCUCGUCGUCAAAAGCCUCACGACUGCCAUUACUCACCUCAGGUCCGACGCCGGAGAGCUAAUCACCAAGGAUCUGUAUCCUCGCUAAGAUCACCGCCUGCUUCGGAACUUGAUAGGGCUCUUUCAACGGGGAGAAUCUCGACGGGGAGGAAUAGUCCUGCUACUACACCUGUUAAUAAUGAAACGACGACACACGCAAUUGACGCAGAGGAAGAAACUGAAGUUCCCAGAGAAGCGAGGCUGGUAUGCGAUGCGCAGGGCAAAUUGAUCUUUGUCGGCGAUUGUGCCCCAUUGAGCUUCUUUCAAUCUGUUCGGCAACUCGUCACCACAAGAGUUGGACAAAAUGCUUUUGCACCGCAGUCAAGUCGAUAUUCUGUUCUUGAAAACGCCACUGCGCAUCAAUCGCUUCGGACCCCUGGCGAUAACCGCAUUCCGAGCGUUCAUACCGACGACAUUCCCCUCGCUGUAUCAAAUUAUCUGGCUAUUGCGACUGGACUUGUGGAUUUAUUCGAUCAUCGACGAUUGCAGGAUGAUCUCAUCUUUUGGGCGAAUAUGGGUCAUAAGACGGAUGAUGCUACUACUAUCGUCAAUCUACUCGUCUUAGCUAUCGGAACAAAGAUUGAUAACGAGGAGCGCGCUCAGGAGUACUUUGAGUAUGCGCGUGAAAAAGCAUAUUCUAACCUCACGGGUAAUCUAAGCGUUACAACAGUCCAAAUGUUUACUCUCAUCACACUCUACAUGCUCUGCUCAUGUCAAAUCAACGGCGCAUUUUUAUUUUUUGGUACAGCUGUCCGAGCAGCGUACUCUAUCGGCAUCCACAGAACAGAAGUCAAUGCGCGUUUCGGACCGGAUAUUCACAGACAAAGAGAUCGUCUAUGGAAGAGUUUACGUGUUGUUGAUCUUUUUCUUAGCUCAUCUAUGGGAAGACCGCCUGCGACGUCGGAUGUGGACUGCACGGUACCGUAUCAAAGUCCGGAUGAGAACCUCGAAGAACACCUCGAUUUACUCAACGCUUCGGUACAAAUAUUUCUGGUCCUGGAAGGUGUCGUAACAGAAAUUUACUCACGACGGAAAAUCUCUUUGCAGCUUACAGAGGGAAUAUCACUUCAAUUACGAGAUUGGUCAUCGCGUUGGUUGAAGCCACUGAAGGAUAUAGUCGCCAAUCCGGAUAUCCAAGACAGGGCUCAAGCAAGUGGUGCGUGUCAGAUUUUGGCUACGUAUUAUUACGCAGUCAUGCUAGUGUCUCGCCCGUUUCUUAUUUUGAUGGUUGAUCCUAUACUUGACUUGAUCCAGAGGGGCGUUUUAGUUGGACAUGUCCCUAUUCUGGUGUCAUGGCUAUUCGCCAGCUCUCUUGUUUUAGGAAUUGGUCUUCUUGGAGGCUUUGGUAGAGUCCUUGAAAAAUACACCCGAAUGGCCAUCCACGCACUCGACCACUGUUCCAACCACGACACCCACGCAGGUCAAUACUCUCUUAUCGCCCAAUCCCUCCUAGCAACAUCCCUCGAACAUCUCGAAAAGCGCGAGCUUGCCGAACGUCAACGGCGCACCGAAAACUCAAGCCAAUUAUUCGGUCUGAUACCCUCCGACGCAACAGAAUCACCUUCUGCUUUCCGUAGGGAGACAAGCCAGCCGGGAAAUGUGGCGUCACCUCUAUUUGGGGAUUUAGAUUCAGCGUUUCUAGGACUUAGUGAGUCUAUGAUGCAGACUCCUGAUCCGAGUUAUUGGACGAUGGGGAAUGAAGCUGAUACGGGGUCUGCUCUGAAUCUGUUUGCGCUUUUGGAUGGGGGUGGGGGGAUUGAUCUGACGCAUCAUUUGUGA